AUGGUAGCCCCAACUGGUACAAUUCAUCCUGGACCUCAGCUUCAGUCUGACAGGCCUGACAGCCUGGAGGACUGGGUGGCAGUCAAGGAGAACCUAUUCUCGGAGUCUGAGCGGCCCAAUCUCUGCUUUUUAGUGGCUGGGAAGGAGUCCGAGGCUAAGUUCGCCGUGACCUGUCAUAACCGAACCCUGCAGCAGCAGCAGCGGCGCCGCAAGGGCCUCGGCCCGGCCCCAGGUGACGGCGGCGCCCAGGCCGAGGGGGAGGAGGAGGAGGCGGAGACAUGCGGGCCGCUCAGCUGGGCCGGUUUCUUUUCCACGGCCGAACUUCAGUGCGUGCAUCGGGUGCUGGCCGCCACGAACUCGCAGCUGGAGGCCGAGUUUCCCGCGCUGCCCCCCGAGGUCGGCUCGAGCCCGUGGGCACUGCUCUUUCCGGCCGCCCGGCCCGAUGAGGAGGCGCUGAAGCAGCAAUGCUACCAGCUGGCGCUCUACCUGGACGACGCGGUCGACAAGUGCGGCGCCAAGAUGCUGCUGGACUUGCUUUUCCCCGCCGACGCCGAGCCGAUUGAGGAGUACUUCGAGAAUCUGCAUGAAUUCCGGAAGAAGGCCCUGCAGCGGCACUUGGCACGGGCCAAGGAGCAGCUCUGUCGGAUUGUUCACGAGCAUAAAAAUUCUGUCAAGAUGAUAGAUUUAAUGAGUUAUGAAGAAGAAGAUAAAGCUUACCAGGAAUUAGUUACUGCGGCAACAAACUUCUACGAAUAUUUGCUGCAACCAUUUAGGGAUAUGCGAGAGCUUGCAACAUUAUACAAGUUAAAAAUUUCAAAGUCUUUGGAGUUUCAUGAACUGGGUCCUAGAAGAAUAGAGGCAUUGGAAAAAGAAGCCAGAGAAUGGACCAGACAAGCUGACGAAGCUGUGACAUCUAUUCAAGACAUCACGGUGAAUUAUUUUAAGGAAACAGCAAAUGCAUUGGCUGGAAUGAAAAAACAGAUGGAACAGGAUGAGAAGAGAUUUGGCCAAGCUACCUGGGCCUUAGCUGCUCCCAGACUUGAAAAACUGAAGUUCAUGUUAGCAAGAGAAACUCUACAGUACAAAAGAGCCAAAGAACUAUGCUUGAAUCGAAAAAGAGUUGAAAUUAAAAAAAAAGUAGAACAUCUUUCUGAAGCAGAGAAAAACAUUGAUAUAAUAGAUGAACUAGAAAUGCAGUAUUAUGAAGUUCAACUUGAAUUGUAUGACAUUCAGCUUGAGAUAUUGAAGUUUAAAGAGAUGCUGCUUGUUACAGAGUUAGAUGCUACCAGACAACUCAUAAAAGAGAAACAAGAUGAAGUUGUGUAUUAUGAUGCUGUUGAAAAUCCUGAGGAACUUAAAGUUGCUGAUCUAGUAGAGCAAAACGAUUCCCAGGAUUCAGAAAUGAAGAUGCUCAAGCAGAAGUCCCAGCAACUAAUUGUCAGGCAGCUCUUCCGCCAUGACCCGGCCCUUUUUCUACAAAAAGAGGUGCUAUAAAAAUUUUUUGUACAAGUUCUUUCCCCUUGUU